AUGAGUACCGGAAGGUUUCAGGUGUACGUUACGCGUUCUGAUAUGCCAGAAUGUGGUAUUGAAAUACUUAAAAAACAGUUUGAUGUAAAGAUGUGGAAUAAACCAUCUCCAGCCCCACAGAGUGAAUUGUUAAAAUCAGUUGCUGGUACCAAUGCAAUUUUUUGUUCUUUAAGUGAUCAAAUAAAUAAGGAACUACUGGAUGCUGCAGGGCCAAGCCUAAAAGUUGUGGCUACAAUUUCAGUAGGCUAUGACCAUAUAGAUGUUGCUGAAUGUAGGAAGAGAGGCGUAAAAAUAGGAUACACACCAAAUAUAUUAACUGAUGCUACUGCUGAAUUAACAAUGGCAUUGUUACUAAGCACAUCAAGACGUCUCCCUGAAGCACAACAUCAAGCAAAAACAGGGGGCUGGGUAUCUUGGGCUCCGACUUGGAUGACAGGAUCUGGGUUAGCUGGAUCCACUGUCGGCAUAGUUGGCUUAGGAAAAAUUGGUCUAGCAAUAGCUAAACGAGUCAAACCUUUUAAUACCUCUAAAAUUCUAUACCAUAGUCGCAGUGUAAAGGAAGAAGCCAAAGAAGUAGGGGCUAUUAAAGUUCCUUUUGAUGAACUUCUCGCUCAAAGUGAUUUUGUUAUUUGCUGUGUUGCACUUGUGCCCGAAACUAAAGAGUUAUUUAAUAAAAGUGCAUUCGAGAAGAUGAAAAAGACUGCAGUAUUCGUGAAUGUGAGUCGAGGAACUAUAGUUGAUCAAGAUGCAUUGAUAGAAGCACUUCAAAAUAAAACUAUUUGGGCUGCAGGGUUAGAUGUUACAACACCUGAACCAUUGCCAUUGGACAGCCCGUUAUUUAAACUUGAUAAUUGUGUUGUUCUACCUCAUAUAGGCAGUGCCACUAUAGAUACUAGGAACAAUAUGAGCACACUUACUGCUAAUAAUAUUGUUGCUGCACUCAACGGCACUAAAAUGCCAGCAGAAUUA